AUGCACAAGGAGAAAGGACAACUCACAAAGCAGGAUGGUCCUCCUUUCGAAAUUACUCUGUUCAGACAAUACUUGCAAUACACAUACUGGGCAUGUGGCCAAGUCUGCGGGGAAAAAGUACUUGAUGUCACAAGGAUAGGCCCAUUGGUGCUAGCUAUAGAUAUUCAAAUGCAUGAGCCAAGGCCAUUUGAUUAUGCAACUUACUUGACAGAGAAGCUGCAUGAAGGGUUCUUGAAUAAGGGGUUUGUGGCCAGAGGAAUUAAGGGUGACUCCCACGAACAAAGAUGGACGGGACCAACCAGUUCAAUUAUGGGUAUCCUUGUGGGACUCGAGGGACUAAGAGAAGAAGGAGAUUCUGAGAGUGGAUCUGAUGAGAAUAUAGCUGUAUCAACCCUCCGUGCACUUGAAUUAGAAGAAGUGGUAGAGAGCCAGGAGCAAAUCCUGGUGAGAAUAAAUGCCAAUGCAGAUGUAAGACUUGAAGAGCAUUCAACUUUUGUUGCAGAUGAGGUUUUUGUACAGUCAAAGGAGUUCAAAAAGGAUGUAAAAUUGGACAUACAGGGUGUUGAUGAUAUCUUUAUUGGAUCAAGGUUUGAACAUUUAUUGGAAGUUCUUAGAGAAUUCUGGACAAAUUGUCAGAAGACCCUAGAUAAUAUGGCUUCUCAUAAAAGAACUUUGAACAUGCUGAAGGCAUUGUUGAAAGACAAGAGUGCCGAUGAGAAAGUGGUUGAGAAGAUCCAGAGAAGAUUGAAUAAACAUAAAGCGUUUGGUGUGGACAUUAAACAAGAAGUUACAGAUUGCAAAGAUAUUGUUAGAGGAGGUAAUGGGUAUGACAACAACCAAAAUAAUGGAAAUAGUAGGGGUAGUAAUGGCAAUCAUGGAAAUGGUAAUGGUGGAAAUAUAAACAACAAUAAUGGAAAUAAUGGCAAUAUUGAUGGUGGUGGAGACAACGGGAACAAUGGUAAUAAUGGGAAUGACAACAGUGGUGGAUUCAACAGAGGAAAUAUGAACAAUCAAACCAACAAUCAGACAACUGCUACCAUUGAGAAUAACAGGAAAGUUGCUGGGAAGGUUUCCAAGAGGGAUGAUCCAAAGUUGUACAAAUCCAGGGUUCCUAAGAAAGAUGAACUUACUCAAAUCAUGGACAUGCUUAAGGACCUAAAGGAACAGUGCAUGAUUGCCCAAGGUUUUAUAGAGGAGGAAAAUCAUAACGAGGAUUGUGAACCUACUGUAAAUGUUCUUUCAUUUGAUCCAUAUUGGGGAAGGGAUGAAGACUCAUCCGAGGGGAAAAUUUUUUCUAAUAUGCAACAAAGGAGAGAAAAUCAGCAUUACAAUAUACGACAGGUCUUUUUAGAUGAUGAUGAUGAAGACAUUCCAUCUUUGAGAACAUUGUUUCAGAAUGAUAUAGUGCCUUCAUUAAGGAAUUUAACUGAGGAAGAAAAUAAAGCCUUCACUAUUGCAACAGUAGAACAAGUAAAGAGCAAUUAUCAGCUGAAAAAUAGGAAUGUAAAUAAUGAGCAAGGCAAGCCAACAAGUGUGUUUGCCAAAGUUAAAAAACUAGAAGGGAACACAGACAACACUUUCAAAAGCAAAGAUGCAAAUGCCAAAAAGGGAAAGGAAGCAAUACUAGGACAGGCCAAGAAAGAAGACAUGCCUGUAACGUCACAAAUUGUACGCACUUGCUAA